ACGGCGGUAACUGAGCGUGCAUUCUUGUGCCACACGUGAAGAGGCACCGUUCGUAACCUCGCAGCGUCGUAAACCAAGUUACCACCUGCAAAAUAUAGGAAGUCUAAAUCCAUUUCAGCGUCACGUGAUGAUAAUAAUGAUUAGUGGUGAUGAUGAUGGCGCAGCCCCGACGAAUGAAUAAAGCGGCGGCACACGAGCUGAAUCUUUGCAGUACACACUUGCUACUCUACGGAUUCCUGCCGCACACCCACCGAAGAUCAAAAUGGACAUUGGGGAGAGGAGGAAGAGGAGGAGGAAGUCAAAGAGCUUCAAACUCGUCACGGAUGAAGAAUUUGGACCCUCAAAUGUGACUAAUUCCAGCAGCAAGGACGCUAGUGAAGAACAAGAUGCGGCUGUUCCAGAUGUUUGGCUGGGGGAUGACAGAAUGGAGAUCAAGAGGCAGAUCACGGGGAUGAUGUGGCUUCUGGGGGACAGGACGGGCAGGGUGUAUCAACGUGCGGAAAAAGAGCGGGACAGCUCAUCGACGACGGACGACACGACCCGCCGACAGUCCGCACCUUCCACGCCGCUCCAGAGUGGUCCCACCUGCGGCACGCUCUCCAAAGACUCCAGAACCGUCAACAACACCCAGGAUGUGUUCAAAGUGGAUGACGCUCCCGACGCGGUGCCGGAACCAGUCGCACCAGGGCCCCCCCGCUGCAUGUGCAACUGCGAGGGCACUUUGCGGGCCAUAUUACGGGAGCUGCGUGCCAUGCGGCGGCUGAUGCAGACUCGGAGAGCGUCACCACAGCAGCCCUGCCAACCUCGCCUGGGGCCCGUCCUCGCUGCUAAUCACAGACCCCGGAAGAGGAGAUCGGUGUUGAAAGCGGCAAGAAAGGCGGCUCCUUCCCCUGCGGAGACAACGCCACUCACUGCUAAACCCGCAGAAGCUGGAAAAGAGGAAGACUCAGGGAAUCCUUUUCUCCUACCCGACGACUCCUCUGCGAGCUCUGUGCGGCAAACUCAGAGUAACGCAGGAAGUGCCAACAGCACAAGCCCAACGAAGGCACUGAAGGCUAUUGACAUACAGUCGGAAGUGCGUCUUGCCGAGGAUUACGACGUGUUUAUCUCCAAGGCGCAGCUAGACUCCAUCCUGGUCAACUAUACACGCUCCGGAAGCCUCCUCUUCCGGAAACUGGUGUGUGCCUUCUUUGAUGAUGCUACCCUGGCUAACUCCUUGCCAAAUGGGAGAAGGAAGAGAGGAGUUAAUGACAACAGGAAAGGCCUGGACCAGAAUAUCGUUGGUGCCAUUAAAGUUUUUACAGAGAAAUACUGCAGCGAGCACAGAAUAGAGAAGCUGCCCGGUCCACGAGACUGGGUUCAGAUCCUUCAGGAUCAAAUCAAACUUGCCAGGCGGAGGCUGAAAAGGGACGCUGCACAAGAAGCUGUAAACGGACCCUCAUCAAGUGCGACAUCAGCAUGCAAACAAGAGUGGGAGGGGCACUGAUGGACAUGACCAGACCGUGACCACUGACUGUUUACAUUAGUUUUUGUACUUCAUUACGAAUUCACCGACCAACAAAAGUCAAAGUUGCAUUGUUAGAUCGUGCCUUUUUUUAAUGACCUGUACAAGUGGGCGUGAUGUACAGUAUAGUGUUGCAUCCACGUUCAUUGUAAAUAUCAUAAAAAAGGGGUGGCAAAAUGCCAAACUGCACAUGCAGGAGGGCAGAGUAGUAAUGUCAAACUGGUAAAAUGGUAUCAGUGUUGUAGUAUCUGUACAGUAUUGGCAUCCAUAGCUAUCCAGAAGAUGAGCUGCACUGUGUUUGUUAACACACCGGGCUUUUAGCAGUUGCACUUCUUCCCCUUACCUAAUAUGUUCUAUAGACUAUAUCCUAACCAUCGCCCUGUCAUAUUGCAUAGUUAUGCCAGUCAAGGAAAAAUUGUGGCAAGCUUUCGCUGGUCCAAUAGACUGAUGUGGAGGGCUGGAUCUGGCCCACGAGCCUCAAGUUUGGCACCUGUGAUGUAAACGUUAAUAUAGUUCAUGUCUACUAUCAGAUUUUUCGCAGUUUAAAGUGACUCAAUUGGUUGAAUUUAUCCUAUUCAUGUCAGUAUAUUGUACUUGCUGACAGCAUCACAUAUCAGUGCUCUUGUUGUCUAUAAUGAAAACAAAUUGUACAUCUUACUGUCCACCUCGAAUUAUCAAUAAAGCUGAAUCAUUGACA